UACUGCAGAAAUGGUGCAUCUGGUCUCCGUAUUUCUGGUUCUGUCCCUCACCUUGCUCCACCAGGGAUUUAGUCGUCCAUCCCGGAUAAGGAAAGUGACAUCACUACAGAGAGAUGCAGCAUCAGAUGAGGAUGAUGUGAAAUCGCAGUUAGAGAAGCUGUGGCAGGAGGUGAACUCCCUGAAGGAGAUCUCUGCUCUGCAGACAGUUUGUCUCCGUGGCAUAAAAGCACACAGGAAAUGUUACCUGAUCAUUGAGGAAUCCAAGCACUACCAUGAGGCCAAUGAACACUGCAUUGCAUGGGGUGGAACCCUUGCCACUCCACGUAACAUCGAUGAAAACAACGACCUGAGGGACUAUGCCAAGAGGAGUGUGCCGGGUACCAAGGAAUUCUGGAUUGGUGUGACAGACAUUGUGAAGGAGGGCCAGUAUGUAGAUGUGAACAGCAUGCCCAUCAGUUACUUCAACUGGGACAAGAUGAAGAAACAACCAACAGGGUCCAAGAGGGAGAGCUGUGUAGUGCUGUCACUGGCCGCACAGGGAAAGUGGCAUGAUGAAGUUUGCCUUGGCAGGAAAAAAUACAUUUGAGGGAUCUAGGUACGACAUACUAUCAUAAUCCCCUGCAUUAAUCCCAUUAUGACGACCCAACAUAUCAGCAUCGCACCAAUGCCCCGAACAGAAACAGCUGGUACCUUCCGGAUGUUUCCGAAAACUACCAGAUGGGCUAUGCCCGCCCCUACACACCUGCCUCCCCUUGGAACCUAAUCAGAAGAGGUAUUUAGACUUUCCAGUGUGUACCUCGAAGCAGGGGCCAAAGGUAAAGAAACGAUGAAGCAGACAAGUCUUCAAGAUGGAGAAUGAGAAUGAGGAGGAGGAGGAAGAGAAGGAGAAAAAAGAGGAAAGGGAGGAGAAAGAGGAGGAAGAGUAAAAGGCCAGGAGAUGGAGGGCGCAGAAGCAACCGCCAAGGCUACAAUCCCCAGCACCCUUUCUGCCCAAACCACCCCAGACAUACAGCGCCCUCCCCAUAAAAGGUGUUUUUGAUUUCUCCAUUACAUCAUCAACUCAUCCUUUUUGUUAAUAAAACGCACACACCCUCUGUUUCCAUUUCCUGUGUCUCUCCCUGUACUACCAUUUAUUGGAAACAGAGCAUUGUGUUGGUACAUCAAUGAGAACAAUAAGCUCCCCAUCCAAUCAAACAGAGCAUGAGAGAAUUUAUUAGGAAGAAUGGGAGAAACUACCCAGAUCCAGGUGAGCAAAGUUGAUGGCAUACCCAAGAAGACUUAAAGCUGUGAUUGCUGCCAAAAGCACUUCUAUAAUGUAGUUAUUAAAAACUCUGAAUACUUAUGAACAUGACACAUUUCAGUUUUUUGUAGGGCAUUGUGUUAGGAUUGGCACUUUUAUUUUUACCAAUUAUAACUAAAUGUGGAGAAUGUGAAGGGGUCUGAAUACUUUCCAAAGACAAUGUAAAAUAAAAAAACACAGUAACAGCCACAAUACAAAACAAACAAUAAAUACUGUAAUACCAAAUUUUGUCUGCAUCCCUUCACAGUAAGUGUUGUACUACAAGGUGUUGUUUUAUCUGUUCAUCCGAUUUUAUUGCUAUCCUGUGUCACAUAAGGUGGCAGAGAGUUUGAUGUAGUCAUAGCUCUGUUUAGUAUUAUAUGCUUCCCAGCCUUCUUUCAGCUCUUGUGAAGACUAUGAAGACACAUGGUGGCUUGUAUUAUGUGAUAUUGAUAAGCAUCUGAGCUGUGUGUUAACUGUUUGAAUUGUUUAGUACAUUUAAGAUGUUGCAGAAGUGAAAGAGUCAAUCUUUUAUCUCAUCUAAGCCAGGAGAGGUUAACGUGUAUGCUAUUCACGAUUCGAGUAAAUGUGCUGCUCUCUACCAUAUGCAGAAAAACAAGUUACUUUAUUGGAAUAGAAGCAAUAUUUCUACUUUUGAAGGGCCAUUCUGGUUACACAAUA